AGUAAGCCAUGCUGUGCUCCUCUGUUUCAGGCCGGGCUGAGGGACAGAAGCGAUGCUUUAAAUGAGGCAAUCGAGAACAUGUGCAAGAAGACAAGAGACCUCCGUAAACAGCUAAGGAAAGCCAUCAUUGAUCAUGUGUCAGACGCCUUUCUGGACACAACUGUCCCACUUCUGGUCCUCAUGGAAGCUGCUAAAAAUGGAAAAGAAAAAGAAAUUAAGGAAUAUGUUGCUAUUUUUAAAGAACAUGCCAACAAGCUGGUGGAGGUGGCUAAUCUUGCAACCUCUAUUUCGGGAAAUGAAGAUGGAGUGAAGAUUGUUCAAAUGGCAGCAAGCCGCAUGGAAGCCUUAGUUCCUCAGGUGACCAGCGCUGCUUUGGCUUUCGCUUCAAGGCCCAAAAGCAAUGAAGUGAAGAAUAAUAUGGAGAUGUAUAAGAAAACUUGGGAGAGCCAUGUCCACCUGCUGACUGAGGCUGUGGAUGACAUCACCAGCAUUGACGAUUUUCUAUCAGUGUCUGAAAGCCAUAUUUUGGAAGAUGUGAACAAAUGCAUCAUUGCCCUUCGAGAAGAUGACAUUGACUGUUUUGACCAAGCAGCAGGAGCGAUUCAAGGGCGGUCCACUCGAGUAGCUCACGUGGUAACUGGAGAGAUGGACAACUAUGAGCCAGGCACCUAUACUGAAGGAGUCCUGAAAAAUGUGAACUUUCUCACUAAUACCGCACUGCCUGAGUUUGUUGUUCAAGUCAAAAAAGCCAUGGAAGCCCUCAGCUCAGAAACAAUGCUACACUUGGAUGACAAUCUGUUUGUUGAUGUUUCCAAAAAAGUGUAUGAUUCCAUUCAUGACAUCAGAUGCUCCGUGUUGAUGAUCCGGACAUCAGAAGAGCUUGAGGAUGCUUCUGAUUUAGAGGAGGAUUUUAAAAGUCGAAGCAGUACCAGCAUUCAAACUGAUGGAAAAUCAGAUAGGGCAAAAAUGACACAGCUGUCUGACUCUGAAAAGGAAAAGAUUGCCGAGGAAGUUGCAGAUUUUAAAAAAGUAAAGAGCAAGCUGGAUGCUGAGAUUGGAAUCUGGGAUGAUACUAGCAAUGACAUUAUUAUUCUUGCAAAGAAAAUGUGCAUGAUAAUGAUGGAAAUGACAGAUUUCACAAGAGGAAGAGGACCACUGAAGUACACAUCUGAUGUGAUAAAUGCUGCAAUGGUGAUAUCUGAGGCUGGUGGCCGAAUGGACAUCCUGGCUCGACAGAUUGCUCAUCAGUGUCAAGAUCCAUCAUGUAAACAAGAUCUGCUAGCAUAUUUACAACAAAUCAAGCUGUAUUCACAUCAGCUUAAAAUCUGCAGUCAGGUGAAAUCAGAAAUUCACAACAUCGGCGGAGAGCUCCUUUCAUCUGCACUUGACAGUGUCACAUCACUCAUCCAGGCUGCAAAAAACCUAAUGAAUGCUGUAGUCCAGACCGUGAAAAUGUCUUACAUUGCUUCCACAAAUAUAAUCCGGAUUCACAGCCCCUUUGGGCCCAAGCCUCCUGUUGUCAUGUGGAGAAUGAGAGCACCAGAAAAGAAACCAUUGGUAAAGAAGGAGAAGCCGGAAGAAGCUUAUGCCACUGUGAGGAAAGGGUCUGCCAAGAAGAAGAUUCACCCCGUCAAAGCCAUGAGUGAAUUCAGCGGGCGACAACUCAGCUAAGCAGAAGCCCAGAAUGAUGAAUGAUUGGCUAGAAUGAAGUUGCUCAAUUUUUUUUUUCUUUUGUUGCAUGAAGGCCAUUCAUUUCUCUUAAAAUGUUUACUAUGUGCUGUUUUACUCUGCAAGAGCGAUACUUUAAAAUAUAGCAUAGUGAAUUAGAUUUAAGAUAUUUUGUUUAACUUCUGAAACAAAGCCAGAACGAUUCAUGGAUAAAAAUGGCUUAGUAUUUAGAAAAAUGAAUUGCAUAAGUUCAAGAAAACGUUAAAUCAGGCAUAGACCCAAGGGUAAAGUAAUGAUAAAAAUGUUUAUCA